GGCGGGGCGGGAGGCGGAGGCGCCGCGUAGGCCGGGGAGGCCGGGCUGCCCCGGCUGGGAGCUAGAGCUCCAUGCGCCGCCGCCUCCCCCAACGAUGUUCCCCUCCCGGAGGAAAGCGGCGCAGCUGCCCUGGGAGGACGGCAGGUGGGAUAUUGCCCAGUGUCCCUCUCCCUGGCCUCUACCCCACCCCAAGAAAGAACCCAAAGAGAGAAUCUGUAGAGGUUCCAGACUUACCAGGCCACUGGCAGGAUUGGCCUUUGCUCCUCCCCAGCGGAAACCCCCACCACAGGACAACGGGGGGUCCAGGUUGAUCCCCAGCGGCCUCCCCAGGAAAUGCUCUGUCUUCCACCUCUUCGUUGCCUGUCUCCUAUUGGGCUUCCUCUCUCUGCUCUGGCUGCAGCUUAGCUGCUCUGGGGACGUGGCCCAGGCAGCCAGGGGACAAGGGCAGGAGACCCUGGGCCCAUCCCGGGCCUGCCCACCAGAGCUGCCCCCAGAGCACUGGGAAGAAGAUGAGUCGUGGGGCCCCCACCGUCUGGCAGUGCUGGUGCCGUUCCGAGAACGCUUCGAGGAGCUCCUGGUCUUUGUGCCCCACAUGCACCGCUUCCUAAGCAAGAAGAAGAUCCAACACCACAUCUAUGUGCUCAACCAGGUGGAUCAUUUCAGCCUCGGCGCCCUGCACAGGUUCAACCGGGCGGCACUCAUCAAUGCGGGCUUCCUGGAGAGCGGCAACAGCACGGACUACAUCGCCAUGCAUGACGUGGACCUGCUCCCUCUCAACGAGGAGCUCGACUAUGGCUUCCCGGAGGCUGGGCCCUUCCAUGUGGCCUCUCCAGAGCUCCAUCCGCUCUACCACUAUAAGACCUAUGUCGGCGGCAUCCUGCUGCUCUCCAAGCAGCACUACCAGCUGUGCAAUGGGAUGUCCAACCGCUUCUGGGGCUGGGGCCGCGAAGAUGAUGAGUUCUACCGACGCAUCAAAGGAGCUGGGCUCCAGCUUUUCCGCCCCUCGGGAAUCACAACUGGGUACAAGACUUUUCGCCACCUGCAUGACCCAGCCUGGAGGAAGAGGGACCAGAAGCGCAUCGCAGCUCAAAAACAGGUGCUGGCCGGUCUCGUGGUCAGGGACGGGAGCAGUUCAAGGUGGACCGGGAGGGAGGCCUGAGCACCGUGAAGUACCGUGUGGAUUCGAGAACAGCCCUGUCUGUGGGCGGGGCCCCUUGCACUGUUCUCAACAUCCUGUUGGACUGUGACAAGGCUGCCACUCCCUGGUGCACAUUUGGCUGAGUUGGCUGGACAGGAAGGAAGCCUGUGCCUACAGGCCACGUUGCUACUCAGGUCCAAGACAAAGCCUCAGGCCCCGGGCUCCGCUCCAGUAGAACAUGGAGUGGCCUGAAGUAAUGGACAGCAAGCCAUGUGUUUGCAGCAGCCCAGCCCCCAGAGGCAGACUUGAGCCGGGACAAGACACACACAGGGUGCCUGGGACGCUGCUGGCAAUAAACAGUGAUGGAGAGAGGCUGGGAUGAACGUAGUUCCCAACUGGGACUCUCCGCCCUGCCCUGCCCUCCUUCGUGUGCUGUGAUAUGCAGGCUUUUGUUCCUUCCUCUGGACUGCCUCGUGCCGAGAUACAGUUAGAAGCUGGGCCACUGACGUGGGUGGCCAGUGUCAUCAGGAGGGUUAAGACUGCAGAGACUUCAUGCAAGUUCCAUAGAAAGAGCAGCUGAGACCAGCUCUGGCUGGUUGUCUGGAAUGUGGGCCAAGCAUGGCCAGAUCUUCUGAUUUUUCAAAAGAAACUAGAAUUAUGGAUUCUUAA